CUGUCACAAGUUGACUGAACAUUCUAGGGCCUCAAAAUCGCACAACGAAGGUGACUGCGAGGCAAGAAAGCACCAUGGCUGGGGUGAGAUUCAGUCUGUGCUUGGUACUGGUCUCAGCUUGCUGUUUCUCCCUCCUGGGCGUCGGAUCGUCCCGGGAACACGGGGAGAAGCACGUUCUGCUGGGGGGAGACCUCGUGCUGGGCGGACUGUUCCCGCUGCACGCCGCCUGGCCGAACGGGACGUGCGGACAUGUGUCGGUACCCGGGAUACAGGCUCUGGAGGCCAUGCUGUUCGCUGUCGACAAGGUCAACAGGGAGAGUUCGCUUCUCCCAAACAUCAGCCUAGGCGUGCAUGUCCUGGACACGUGCAUGGACCCGUCCCGGAGCGUACAGGCGGCCAUGACGUUCGUGCACACGGCUGGAGGGACAGAGGACGCCAUGUGUGCGGACGGGUCCGUGCCUCUCCACCGCAGGCACGCGCACAAACGCCCGGUCUGUGUCAUCGGGCCCGCCAGCCGCCAGGAGGCGCUGCCGGUGGUCGCAGAGCUCCUGGGGUUCUUCAAGGUGCCUCAGAUAUCCUUCUCAGCCGCGACGUCCGAUCUCGUACCGGAGUUUGAGUACCUUUUCCAGUCGGCGCCGUCCGAGACAACCCAGGCCGCCAUCUUGUCCGCCAUCGUCCAGACGUUAGGCUGGAACUACGUGUCUCUGGUCGUUACUGACGGGAGGUACUACCAACAGAACGCACAGGCCUUUCAAGAGGAGGCUAAGAAAUCUGGAAGAGGUAUUUGCAUCGCAAGUCAACUGAGGAUACCACACGAUGCUGACUCAGCUGACAUAGACCGGGUGGUACAGCAGCUCCUGCGGUACCCACGCGCAGUGGGAGUGGUGGUGUUCACUACAGCCCGACAGGCCAGCAGUCUUCUGGCAGCCGCGAAAAGGCUGGGCGCUGCGGGACGGUUUGUGUGGCUUGGCGGAGAGACGUGGCACAGUAAGGACGUCCUGAGGUCCAGCCGCGGCGAGAGCGUCAUCACUCUGGCUCAUGAUCAUGAUCAAGACUCGGCUAUGCUGAAAGAGUUUGCAGAGUAUUUCUCCAAACUAAGACCCCACAACAACAGGAGGAACCCGUGGUUCGGGGAGUACUGGGAGCAUCACAUCCAGUGCGUUUCCGAGUCACUCUCGCAAGGGGGCGCAGGUGAUCCAUGCGUUUGUACAGGGGAAGAGGACGUCACCGUCUCCCAGCACGAGUGGGUCCGCGGGGUUCUAGCGGCGGUCAGGGCGGUGGCCAGGGCGGCACACGACAUGCAGCAGGCCGUGUGUCCCCGCAGUGGCCGCCGGCCGUGCGACGUGAAGCUCCGGCAGGAUACAGACAUUCUGACCAAGUUCAUCGCCAACGUUACCUCUGGAGAAGAAGAAGAAGUGAUGUUACGGGAAGGCGGAAUCCCCAGGUCGGUGUGUAGCGACCCCUGCCCCGCUGGCCACAGGAAGGUGUCCCAGACGGGUGACGCCUGCUGUUGGCUGUGUGUGCGGUGUGCCCCGGGGGAGUAUCUGAAGGACGACGUCACGUGUGAGCACUGUCCCGAGGGACAACGGGCCAAUCAAGACCUCUCAGCCUGUGAACCGACCAAUGAGAGCGAAGAUGUCGAUGACGUAGAUAGCUGAAGCGAUGUAAUUGGAGCACGUCAGCAGGACGUACUGCGCCUGCGCGAAACCCUGACUUUUCAUGGUUUUUGUUAAAUGUUUGGUAAACGUUGUAUCAGAAUUUUGCCUGUUGCA